AAAAAAAAAAAAAAAAAGAAAAGAGACGAGGACACGGACACACACAGAAGACUCCUCUUUUCUCGGUGCCUGCACUUAUGCCUGCUGGAGCUCGUUCCCAGCCGUCCUGCCAACCUGCUGCCGCCCACUGCCUGCGCUGCCCCGGAGAAGCCGCAGCUCAGCCCCGCACCGGGGCCCUGGGCACGGGGAGGCCCCCCCAGCGCUGCCGUUCCCCCCGCCACCGAGAAGGGCCCCCGCGGGGCUGCCGCCGCGCAGCGAGCAAGGGCAGAGGAUGGCCUCAGCCCUCCGGCUGCUGCUGCUCUGGGUGUUUGCCCCCACGGUGGUCCCGGAGGUGUUUGGCCCCGGAGAUGGCACAGAGGACCUCAAGGCUCUGCAGGUCUCCAUCCCACGCCACCCAGCCCUCGACGCCGUGCUGGCAGGAGACAUCACCAUCCCCUGCCUUAUCACCUACCUCGGCCCCCAGCCCACCGCCGGCACGACUGGGCGCCGGGCAGUCCUGGGAACCCCCCGGGUCAAGUGGACCUUCAUCUCUGAGGGCAAGGAGGUGGAGAUCUUGGUAGCCCGAGGGGACAGGGUGAAGGUGAGCGAGGACUAUCGCCUCCGCGCCUCCCUGCCCAUCUUCCACCAGCGCUACACCAACGCCUCCCUGCUGCUCACCGAGCUGCGGCCCAACGACUCGGGGAUCUACCGCUGCGACGUGCAGCACGGCAUCGAGGACGGCCACGACAUCCUCGAUGUCAAAGUCAAAGGGGUGGUGUUUCACUACCGGGAGGGCUCCAUGCGCUACGCCUACACCUUCGCCGAGGCACGGGACGCUUGCGCCCGGAUCGGCGCCCACAUCGCCACCCCCGAGCAGCUGUACGCUGCCUACCUCGGCGGCUACGAGCAGUGCGAUGCCGGCUGGAUCGCCGACCAGACCGUCAGGUACCCCAUCCACACGCCCCGCGAGGCCUGUUACGGAGACAUGAACGGCUUCCCCGGGGUGAGGAACUACGGGGUGGUGGACCCAGAGGACAUGUACGACGUGUACUGCUACGCCGAGGACCUCCCAGGGGAGAUCUUUUUGGAGACGACCCCAGAAAAAUUCACGCUGGAGGAGGCGGCGGCGCGGUGCCGGGUGCUGGGUGCUGAGCUGGCGAGCACGGGGCAGCUCUACGCGGCGUGGAGCGCGGGGCUGGACGCCUGCAGCCCCGGCUGGCUGGCCGACGGCAGCGUCCGCUACCCCAUCGUCACCCCCCGGGAACGCUGCGGCGGGGCCCUCCCGGGCGUCAAAACCAUCUUCCUCUUCCGCAACCAGACGGGAUUCCCCGAUGCCCGGAGCAGAUACGAUGCGUACUGCUUUCGAGAAGGGACAAACUCUUUCCCUGAGGCUGCAGGAAAAUACCGAGCCAGAGAGCCCGAGGGCUUCCAGGAGAUUGUUACAGUGGCAGAAAAGCUGGAGGAGCUGCAACUGCCCAAAGCGCAAGUGGAGAUUGAGUCGCGAGGGGCGAUAUACGCCAUCCCUUUCUUUAAGGAUGCUGAGCUGGAAAAGCCGAGCCCGUCCCCCGAAGACGCCCGGGGGCCAGGGGCCUGGCACCCCCCGCUAGAUACCUCCAUGUCCUCAGAGGAGGAGCGGGGAGCAGAGCCGGGCAGGGACCCCGGCAGCACAGCGGCGGAGAGCCCGGGCAGAGGGCGAGACCCCAGCCAGCCCAUGGAGGGACCCACCGGCGCCCCGUCCCCAGUGGGGUCCACAGCAGAUAGCCGAGAGCCUGGCGGGACCCCCCCAGGUGGCCACGAGGCUGGUGGGGCGAGCACCCCCGUCCCCACGGGUGAAGAUGCCGAGCUCUCGGGAGACGUGGUCGAAAGCCCCGGGGCAUCCCCGCUGCCCCCCGCGCCCUCGCAGCCGCAGGAGGAGGGAGAGGAGCAGUCGGGGGCCCUGUGGCUCCCCUCGCCCACGACCCUGGGGGACGGGAGCUCCGUCCCUACGGUGGAGGUGACAGCGGUCACACCGUGGCACGUCGAGGUGCCUGGCAGCAGCAGCAGCGUGCUGGCCGCGGGAGGCGAGGAGGCUGUGCCGCGACCCCCGGGCACUGACCGCGGGACACCGGCUGCAUCUCUGGAAGAGGAAGAGGAGGAGGACGAGGAGGAGGAGGAGGAAGAGCAACCCGCUCCCUCCGUUGCAACCGUGGAGGGUUUCCUUUCAGCCGUUCCCGGAGAACCAGGUGGCUGCGUCCCCAACCCCUGCCUGAACGGAGGGACCUGCACGGAGGACGGCGCCCGCCUCGCCUGCCUGUGCCUGCCCGGCUACGGAGGCACCAGCUGCGAAAGACCGCUGGAGAAGUGCAGCCCGGGCUGGGACAGCUUCCAGGGAGCGUGCUACAAGCACUUCUCCACCCGGAGAAGCUGGGAGGAUGCGGAGACCCAGUGCAGGCAUUACGGGGGGCACCUGGCCACCAUCCUGACCCCCGAAGAGCAGGACUUCAUCAACGACCAGUACAGGGAAUACCAGUGGAUCGGCUUGAACGACCGGACCAUCGAGGGGGAUUUCCAGUGGUCCGACGGGAGCCCCUUGCUCUAUGAGAACUGGCACCCCGGGCAGCCCGACAGCUAUUUCCUCUCCGGGGAGAACUGCGUGGUCAUCGUGUGGCACGACGGGGGCCAGUGGAGCGACGUGCCCUGCAACUAUCACCUCUCCUACACCUGCAAAAUGGGGCUGGUGCGGGCCCCCCCCCGCCGUCAGCAACGCCCACGCCUUCGGCAAACCAAAGCAGCGCUACGAGAUCGGCUCCAUCGCGCGGUACCAGUGCCGCCGCGGCUUCGUCCAGCGCCGCUCGCCCGUCACCCGGUGCCGGGAGGACGGGACGUGGGAGCCACCCCAACUGACCUGCCGCCCCGGCCUGGCUCAGCCCCCCGACGACUGAGCGAGUCCCCAGGGCAGAAGCCACCACCUCCCCGAGCCCUGGAGCUGGUGCGGAUGGGGACGGCACUGGGACGCCAGCGCGGACCCCAGUGGGGCACGAAACCUCACUGUUGGGCGUCCACCUCCUUGUUUGUUUUAUAUCUGUACAAAAAAAUCCUAAUAACUAAAGAUCCCCUCGGAAGGAACCAACAGCGACCCGAAAUGUAGCACAAGAGGAGUUUUGGUCCUGGAGUCACACCAGAGUCGAAAUCAAGGUGGGGACUGCGGGGAGGUGACGGCAUCGACGUGCCAGCAUCACCUCCAGCUGCUUUCUCCCACUGUCCUCACGCUGUGACACCGUGCUGGGGGGUGACAUGGGGACAUCCAAGCCGUGCUGCGGCUCAGCACCUCUCCCGGGGUGCAGGGGGGCUUUUGCGCUUCCCAGGAAAGGCAGAAGCCGCUGCUGUGGGCUCGGGGUGAGUUCAUGUCACCCAAACCCCCUCUCUGUGCUUCUGUGGGUAUUAAAACCAGUAAACGGACA